AUGAGUGAAGGAUACGAGCGCGAGCAGCAGAACAAUGCGCUCCUCAACUCUCUCUCCUCCAAGGUCUCUGCCUUGCGAUCGGUGACGAUUGAUAUUCACGACCACGCCCGGGAUCAGGAUAUGAUCGAGAACUCGAACGAAGCAUUUUCCUCCUUCUCGACGACCCUUAAAGGCAGCGCCUCCCGACUAACCAGAAUGGCGAAACAAGGCGACACUACCGCCGUGCUCAAGGUCGCAGGUAUCGUCAUCGCGGCGGGUACCGCCAUCUAUAUUAUUCUGGGCUGGAUCUUCUGA